AGUAGUAAAACAAAUAGCCGCCGCCCCCGUUAUAAAUAGCCGGCGACGCCAACCCGGUCUGCUCCUCUCCUGCUUGUCUUUCCCUUCUCCCUUCGACUUCGAGCCACCACCAACCUUCCUCAGCUUAGGCAGCCAGCCAGCUUCCUUGAAACUUAACCCUAGCCGCCCGCCGGCUCGUAAACCCUAGCGAGUAGCGAGGGAUGCAGCCCACGACGCGGGAAAUGCAGGCCAUGGCCGCCGCCGGCCAGAUCUCCCUCGACGACCUGCGCGCGGCAGCAGGCGCUGCGGGAGGUGGCGUGCACGACGACUUCCUGGACCAGAUGCUCGGAGGACUGCCGCCGUCGGCAUGGCCGGAGCUGGCAUCCGCGGCGGGAGGGAAGGCGCCGGAUGGCGGCGCGCAGGCGGAGGGGAUGCAGCAGCACCAGCACCAGCACCAGCACUUCGGUGGGGGCUUGUACGACGAGUCCGCCUUGCUGGCGUCGCGGCUCCGGCAGCACCAGAUCAGCGGUGGCCCUACAGGCGGCGGCGCGGAGGCCGCGAAGCAGAUGGUGCUGCAGCAGCUGGCCGAUCUGAGGCAGGGACACCAUAUGUUGCUGCAGGGCAUGGGCCGCUCGACGGGCGGCGGCGGCGGCAGCGGAGACGGCGGCCUGCUCCUCCCGCUCUCCCUCGGCAGUGGCGGAUCGGGCGGCGACGUGCAGGCGCUACUCAAAGCCGCCGCCAACUCCGCUGGAGGAGAAGCCGCCGGCGUCUUCGGCGGUUCUUUCGCCGGAUCGCUCCAGCAGCAGCAGCAACAGCAUUUUCAGUCGCAUCCGCAGCAGCAAACGGCGCCGUUGCCGGGCCAAGGCUUCGGUGGAGGAGGCGGAGGCGCGGGCGCCUCCGGCGGCGUGUCGCAGCCGCAGGCCGGGGCCGCGGGCGGAGGCGCGGCGGCGCCGCCCAGGCAGCGCGUACGGGCGCGGCGCGGCCAGGCCACCGACCCCCACAGCAUCGCGGAGCGGCUCCGGAGGGAGAGGAUCGCGGAGAGGAUGAAGGCGCUGCAGGAGCUGGUGCCCAACGCCAACAAGACGGACAAGGCGUCGAUGCUGGACGAGAUCAUCGACUACGUCAAGUUCCUGCAGCUCCAAGUCAAGGUGCUCAGCAUGAGCCGCCUAGGUGGCGCCGCUGCCGUCGCGCCGCUCGUGGCCGACAUGUCCUCGGAGGGUCGAGGUGGCGCUGGCGCUGCGGCCGCGGCCGGGAGCGACGGCGGCCUGGCGGUGACGGAGCAGCAGGUGGCGAAGCUGAUGGAGGAGGACAUGGGCACCGCCAUGCAGUACCUGCAGGGGAAGGGCCUGUGCCUCAUGCCCGUCUCCCUCGCCUCCGCCAUAUCCUCCGCGACGUGCCACAUGCGACCGCCGGUCGGGGCAGCCGGCCUCGGGGUCGCCGCCGCCGCCGCGCACCACAUGGCCGCCAUGCGGUUGCCGCCCCACGGCAUGAACGGCGGCGCCGGCGCCGACGCCGUGCCGGCCUCCCCGAGCAUGUCCGUGCUCACGGCGCAGUCGGCCAUGGCCAACGGCGCCGGCGCCGGCGGGGCUGAUGGCGACGCCUCGCACUCGCAGCAGCAGCAGCAUUCCAAGGACGCCGCGUCCGUGUCGAAGCCGUGAUCCCCUCCGAGAAGGCGACGGCUGCCGUUUCACUAACGGCGAAACCCUUGACACCCGGAGCUGACGGCUCCGGCCUCCACUUCCGUAUCCGUGGGUCGUCUUGCUCUGGGCUCUGGCCUCACUUGGACUUGGACUCCUGGGAAACGUGGGCUCCUUGGGCGGGCCCAUCUGCACCCGACGGACCCACGGGCUCUCAGCACUGCAGCUGUGCAGCGGCCAGCGGCAGCCUUCAGACUCCCCCUUUUUCUUUCUUCCUACUAGUGUUAUCAUUAUUUUUCUUGUUUAAUAUUAAUCCAUGUAUGCUGUUUUUUUAAAAGUAAAUAGUAGUAUCAAUUAGCUAAUCGGGGGCUGGGUUCUCCUCUGCUGGCUUUGUGCCAGCUUUACCCUCUCUUUUCCCGCCAUCGGCAUCAACUUUUUUCCCCUACUUUUUCUGUUCCUGACCUUGCUUUGCCUGGGCCCACCUUCUGUAAUUUACGCACAAAUUUGUCCUUUGCGGUUGGACGGGGAAUUUGGUCUCCCAGCUUUGGCUACUAACCCAUUCUUUUUCCAGUUUUAUUAUAUUUUUAUAUUCUCAUGUGUAUCUUCCUAUAUCUUGUGUACUCCCGGUCCCGGGGGAGUUGUUCUCGGCCCCACCAGUGAAUGAAGAACAAAAAAAUGUGCUGGUAUUCUA